AUGCCUAGUGUGACCAGUGAGUCAACGAUCGAAAAACUGAGAAAUAUAUUUGCUCGAUACGGUGUACCGAUGCAAUUAGUGAGCGACAAUGGUCCACAGUUUACUUCGCGAGAAUUCGCAGAUUGUAUGAAACAAAAUGGAAUAAAACACACGCUAGUCGCACCGUAUCAUCCGAGGUCAAACGGACAGGCAGAACGUUCCGUUCAGACGUUCAAGGAACACUUCAAAACUGAAGGAAGUUCGUCAAUAACGCAGAGCUUGGCGAGAUUUCUAUUCAGUAAUCGAACGACGCCGAGUAGUGUAACAGGUCAAACGCCGGUUGAAUUGUUUCUAAAACGCCGACCGAGAACUAGAUUGGACCUAUUGCGUCCAAACCUAAGUCGCAAAAUCUCCGAUAGACAAAUGUACGACAAGGCGGAACAUGAUCGCGAGUCGAAAGAACGUGAAUUUUCGAUCGGAGAGGAGGUCUUAGUCCAAAACUUUAGAGGUGUGCCAAAAUGGUCAGAGGCCACCGUGGUUGAACGCACGGGUCCAGUGUCGUAUAAAACACAAAUCGGUGAACAAGUGUGGAAACGGCAUGUAGACCAAAUGCGUGACAAAAGUUACAACCACACGCCGAAUACAAGGGUUAACGCGCCAAAACCAAUCGUUCCGAACCAGAACUACGAAAUGCCAAAGCCAGAAUCCUUGCCGAAACAUUGA